ACAGCGAGAAAGCGUCGCUCCAGCCAAUCACAGCAGCGUUUGCUUGCCGAUGAGGCAGUAUCAAACAUGGCGGCUCUCUGAGUUUAGGAGGAGGAACCUGGUGUAAAUAAACACACAUCUCACCUUUUACACCUUUUACACACAACCACAACCACAGCGACCAGGUGCUCCUGUCUAACACUGGUGGGACCACACAGGGAACAUGUCGACUGACGGGAAUAAAAAGCAGUUCUGGAAAAGAAACGCAGCGAAGGUUCCUGGCAGCAUCCAGCAUGUGUACGGAGCUCAACAUCCGCCUUUCGACCCGCUCCUCCACGCUAACCUGAUUAAAGCAGGCAACAGGCCUCCUCCGGCCACGCCGGGCAAGCCCAAGAAGGCCACCACCUUCCAGGAGUUUGAGAGCAUCACAAGCGACGCCUGGGAUGUUGGGGACGAUGACGACGAGUUGCUGGCCAUGGCCGCACAGAACCUUAAUAUCGAGGUUGUCAUGGAGACAGCCAAUAAGGUCAUCGAGAAUCACAGCAAGCAACAGGAGCGACAGAGGCAGGAUGACACAUCAGAGCUUGAACAGAGAGAAGAGGACACACAGGAGGAGGCGGCAGAGGACGAGGAGGAGGACGAAGACGAUGAGGAGGACCUGGUGAGGGAAGGAGACGUGACCAGCCCAGAGGUCUCGUUUGCCUCCCAGAGCAGCCCUUACACUGAUGGCCGUCUUGUAAAGUCCCAAAGCGAAGCUCCAAUUGGGUCACCUAAAGAUGCAGCAGGUGAGCACGCAGCCCUCCACAGACAACGGUCUCUGCCCCACCGGCCGCCCAUCAUCCCGCUAGUGGCUCGCAUGGCUGACCAGAACACAUCUGGCACCCCGGCCAUGACCGAGAGGGAAGCAUCCCGUCUGGAUAAGUUCAAACAGUUGUUGGCUGGGCCAAACACAGAUCUGGAGGAGCUACGGAAACUCAGCUGGUCUGGAAUCCCCCGACAGGUCCGACCGAUAACGUGGAAGCUCCUUUCAGGGUACCUACCAGCUAACGCAGAAAGAAGAGAGAGCGUCCUACAGAGGAAGAGACAAGAAUACUUUGGCUUUAUCCAGCAAUACUACGACUCCCGCAAUGACGAGCACCAUCAGGACACAUACAGACAGAUUCACAUUGACAUACCGAGAACUAAUCCUCUUAUUCCUCUCUUUCAACAAGCUUCUGUCCAAGAGAUUUUUGAGCGGAUCCUUUUUAUCUGGGCCAUCCGCCAUCCAGCCAGCGGCUACGUGCAAGGCAUCAACGACCUGGUCACGCCGUUCUUCGUCGUCUACGUCUUUGAGUACAUUGAGGAGGAAGUGGAAAACUUUGACGUGUCCAGUCUCCAGGAAGAGGCACUGAGGAACAUCGAGGCUGACAGCUUCUGGUGCAUGAGCAAACUGCUGGACGGCAUCCAGGACAACUAUACAUUUGCCCAGCCAGGCAUCCAGAGGAAAGUCAAAGCCCUGGAGGAGCUGGUCAGCAGGAUUGAUGAUUCUGUGCACCGCCACAUGCAGCAGUACGAGGUGGAGUACCUGCAGUUUGCCUUCCGCUGGAUGAACAACCUCCUCAUGAGGGAGCUGCCACUACGCUGCACGAUCAGGCUGUGGGACACCUACCAGGCUGAACCAGAGGGCUUCUCCCAUUUCCACCUCUACGUGUGCGCCGCCUUCCUGGUGAGGUGGAGGAAAGAAAUUCUAGAAGAGAGGGAUUUUCAGGGUCUGAUGAUCCUCCUGCAGAACCUUCCCACAAUGCACUGGGGAAACGAGGAAGUGAGCGUACUGCUGGCUGAAGCCUACAGGUUGAAGUUUGCCUUUGCCGACGCGCCCAACCACUACAAGAGAUGAUGAGCGGGGCUCUCUGCAGCUGCUCCUCUUCCUCUUCCUCCUCCUGUUCCCCCUCCUCCUACUCCUCCUCUUCUUCCUCCUUUCCUGCCCUGCAGUCGUCUGCUGAACUUUGAGGCCUCUCUCUACUCCUACAGGGAAGGACCUUCUCCUCUUUCUUAACCUCCCUUCCCCAUAUCGCCCAAUGGGCCUUUUCAGCUACUAAGAGAUUUGAAUCAAGCAAUGACUGAGAGGACGUGCGGUGUAGCAUUUUAACAUGUUGACGUGGAGCCUUUUUUAAAUUAUUUUUCUCUGAAACGUGCACUCCUUCAGUCCAGUGCAGAAGCCUUCUUCAUCACUGACAACCACGACUUUUUGUUGGAGUUCGGUCCGCUCAAGCUGACACCUCAAAGUCCCUCCUCAGGCCUGAUGCAGGACCGUGAGCUCAGCUCCGCCGGGAGUUUAGUGUUUCUGGCUCAGAAAAAUGUCCUUUCUGCUAAAACAAAAACCUCCACCAUGGCAAUACAUUGUGUUUUGUUUCCCGAGGCCAAAAUGUGACCUUUUUUUCAGUUUUUGCAAAGACAAAGAAAGAUGGCAAAAGGGCACUGCGCUAGAUGGUUUACAUAUCUGAGCCCGCUCUCCUGGUCACGACACCACCUGAAGGAACAUGACCUCUCCUGCUUUUCUGCUUUUUUUCCUCCAGCUGCGCGACAGGAGGGACGCAGUUUGUUUCCUUCAUGAAAAACUAGGACUUUACAGAGAGGAGGAUUGUCAGUCUGCGAGGUGAAACAUGUCUCCCUCCUUCUACGAACCACACACCGACUCAAUCUGCUCCCUUAUCCCGUCCUCCCACCCGCACUGCAGCAGCACGGUGUUUGAGUGUAAGACUAACAGUAGUAAGGGGCUGCACAUCCACAUCACAGGAGGUAAUAAGCCAUUUGGAGGCAGAACUUCCCACUCAACCUGCUUAUAGAUGAAGGGCCAUGUCUUAAGUCUUAGAAUUACCCCUCCUCUCUGAACCCAGGACUACCUCAGAACACACACGUAGUGACAACUAGAAAUCCACACACAUAGAUUUACUCUAAAUUGAGAAACAUGCACACUCAAUACAGGGUCGAAAUAAACAAUUUGAAGGUCAAUUCAGAAAUUGAAUCAUCCUUACGGAAGCUAGAUUUGGUAUUCACAGACAGAAAAAGUGCUUCUUCUUCUUCUUCUUCUUCUUCACAGGGUUGUUUAUUGAAAGUAAAGAUCCAAAUGAACAA